CAAAACGCUUUACUCAACGGCCGGCCCCAGCCAGACAGAGGCCAAGGAAGAAGAAGCUACCCCUAUAUAUACGGCCCAAGGCACUCUCUACUCCCCAAGUCCCCACGCUUCUCGAUCGUAGUCCACUUAGCUACAGGCCUUCAGAUCCCUGCUACCGAGCCAUGGAGGCCGACGCUAGCCAUGCACCCACCACCUCCUCCUCCUCCGUCUCCUCGUCGACAUUGUCCACUUCCUCCUCCUCCUGCUCCCUCGCCAACAGCGCGCAGGAGCCUCCCAAGAACCCCAAGCCCAAGCACCCGAAGAAGCGCAAGAGAGCCGCCGCCGACCAAGAAACGGACGCCGCGGCUACCAAUGGCGCCCGUGGGGACGAGAGCAGCUGCUGCAGCACCGACGAGGACAACGCCGCGAGCGUCAAGGCGGCCGUGUCCAAGAGCGGCUUCAAGCACCCGUCGUACCGCGGCGUGCGGCGCCGGAGCUGGGGCAAGUGGGUGUCCGAGAUCCGCGAGCCGCGCAAGAAGUCCCGCAUCUGGCUCGGUACCUUCCCCACCGCGGAGAUGGCGGCGCGCGCCCACGACGUGGCCGCGCUCGCCAUCAAGGGCCGCUCCGCGCACCUCAACUUCCCGGACCUCGCCCACGAGCUGCCCCGCCCGGACUCCACGUCGCCCGCCGACAUCCAGGCCGCCGCCGCCAAGGCCGCCGCCACCGCCGCCGUGCAGUGCGAGCCCGAGCCCGAGCACGAGCACGAGACGCCGUCGUCCUCCGGCGCCGUUUCGGAGUCACCGCCGGAGCCUGCGGCAGCCUGCCCCGAAGCAGCGGUGCCAGCGGACAGCGGCGAGGUCGACAAUGCGCUGUUCGACCUGCCCGACCUUCUUCUCGACCUGAGGGACGGGCUCUUCUGGUCGCCGGUCUGGCCGGUGGCGCUGGCCGCCGAGGAGUACGACGGCGGCUGCUGCGUCGGGCUCAGCGAGCCACUCCUGUGGGCCGAGUAGGAGUAUAUUUUGUUUUUCGCCGCAUGAAUUGCUUUGCUACUUGCCAGUAGUAGUACUAUAGUAGUAUCGUACGUAGCAAGGAUAAACCAUUUAGUGGUAGCACUGUCAUUGGAAAAGUUAUUAUUCUCAGCUUUCUGUGAGUCUUCUUCACUCGGCCAUGAAACAUGUGUGCUUUUUUAUUUGUAUUGUGCUAUCAACAAAAAGAUGCUUUGCUAGA